AAACAUAGCGCGGGGUCAUAUCAACAGGCGAACACUUUGAUACGUCUUUAAGCUACGCCGAGUUAGUACAUGACAGAGAACUAAAAGAAAAGCAUCAUGCUUCGUUUCGGCAUCCGCGGCAGAUUCGUUGUCUGCAACAAUCUCGAGAAAUGUCUAAAAAUUUUGGGAAGCAUCCGUGAUACCUGCAACGCGGCUGUAGUGUCAAGGGUCAGGGAGGGAUGGAAUGGUGAUUCGACGUUGCGUUCGAAUUGUUUGAUCGAUCUCGCGGCACCUCGUGCAGUUGCGAUUCAGGGGCAAAAUCGUCGGCUGUCGUCAACAUCGACUGUUACCGAAGUUCGAAGAACCUGUCUUUACGAUUUUCACGUGGAAAAACAAGGUAAGAUCGUCAAUUUUGCCGGAUGGCUGAUGCCAGUACAAUAUCAAGAUACGAUCACCGUAUCUCAUCUACAUACCAGAUCAUCGGCAUCGCUUUUCGACGUCGGUCAUAUGCUGCAAACACGCGUCUCCGGUAAAGAUGCCGGAGAAUAUUUAGAAUCACUAACCACGUGUGAUCUGAAAAAUUUAAACGAGGGCGCUGCGACUUUAACAGUCUUCACUAACGACCAAGGUGGAAUUCUCGACGAUCUUAUCAUCACCAAGGAUGGCGAAGAUAAAUACUUUGUCGUAUCUAAUGCGGGAAGGCGCGAUGAAGACAUUCAACUUUUUCUAGAACGUCAGAAAGAUUUUAAAAAUGCUAAUAAAGACGUAUACGUCGACUUCCUAAAUCCUUUGAAACAAGGUCUAAUAGCUCUUCAAGGCCCUACAGCAGCAACGGCCCUUCAAUCGCUAGUCAAUUUCGAUCUUAGGACCUUAAAGUUCAUGUACAGCGUCAAAACCAAAGUAUUAGGCAGUCCAAUCAGAAUUUCGCGAUGUGGAUACACCGGGGAGGACGGUUUCGAGAUUUCUGUGCCUGCGAAGGACGCAAUUAAUUUAGUAGAAAAUAUUUUGGACAUUCCUGGCGUAAAGUUGGCUGGUUUAGGAGCCAGAGAUAGUUUAAGAUUGGAAGCUGGACUCUGUUUAUACGGCAAUGAUAUCAAUGAGGAUACUACACCGAUCGAAGCAGCUCUUACCUGGCUAGUAGCAAAACGACGAAGAGCUGAAGCGAAUUUUCCAGGCGCACAACGAAUUCUUGCGCAAAUUAAGACAGGCGUUACGAAGAAACGUAUCGGACUCUUACUGGGUCAAGGACCACCUGCCAGGCAAGGUGCAUCGAUAUUGACGCCGGAAGGCGAGCGUGUGGGCAGUGUUACUUCCGGUGGACCAAGUCCGACCUUGGGUCGGCCAAUCGCCAUGGGAUACCUACCACCGGAUUGGGCACACACCGGUGGCGGUGUGUUGAUCGAGAUUCGGGGAAAGACUUACAAAGCCACCGUAUCGAAGAUGCCUUUUGUGAAAGCGAAUUAUUACACCGCAAAAUGAUUUAUUUAUUAGCAAUGGAAACUGAUCGAAUUGAGAAUUAUGAUAUUAUGUAACAACAGCGAAUUAGUUAUCAUUAUAGAAUAUGUAUAUAUAAUAUGUAAUAGCCUCUAUGAAUAAAUUUUAUAUAAGUAAUGUUUAUAUUCUGACACACAAAUUUUCAAAAUUUAUGCUUUACAUUAAUUUGCGUAUCGAUCUCUAAAUUAAUGAGUAAAUAUAUUGGUAAGAAAACCGAUUAUUAUUAAUAACAUUGUGUGUAUUGACGUGACAUUAUAUUUCUAAUGUAAUACUAA